AUGUCGUCCCCACUGGACAUCGAGCAGCCGCCAGCGCUCGACGCAGCGGGCAGCGUUUCCCCCGAAUCGCCCCGGCUGCAGACUCCCCGCACCCCGCCCUUCACAUCAGUCCCAGUGGCAAAGUACCGUCGCACGAGCACGGGCGGGAACCUCUCCUUAUCGCCUUUGCAGCUACCGCGGCGACGCAGUUCAAGCAACCUCUUUCCGUUCCCGUAUGACGAGGACCCGAGUCCCGCACCGCAUGCACAAACGCAAGCAGCGAGCAACCUCCCCUUGCCUCCCGGGGCGGCGCCGGCUAUGGUGGCCCCGUUCGCGCUUCUCGAGGGCGCGACCGUAGUCGAGGAACCGAUGAUCGCCGAGUCGCCCGCAGCUGCGACACACUCACGCCCGGCGUCAAGUUACGAAGAGCCCACGACGCCCGGGAGCACCAUCUCCUCGUCGAGCGGGAGCCGGCUCGGCGCCGCGGUCCGGCGGGGUCUGGACCGGCGGCGUUCCCGCCACUCGAUCGACGAGGAGGGCUCGCCGCGUCCCUCGCUGCGCUCGCUCUCCUUCCUGAGACGCCGCUCCAUGUCCUUCUCGACUGCCUUCGAGGACGUCCCCCGCGAAGACUCGGUGCCGCCCACCCCGCCGCCGUCGAAGCUCGAGUCACGCGAGUCCCGCCCCGACUCGCCCAUCGCCACUUCGAGCCGCAAGGUGUUCCCGAAGAAGAAGCGCGGUCUCCCGCCGCCGCGUGGCGUCGUGCUCGCCGCCGGCGUGCAGAGCACGGCCGUAGCCGACGAGCUCGUGUGGGGCACACUGUCGUACCGCGCACUUCCCGAGCCAGACUUGUUCGGCUCCAUGCUCCCGCGCGAGCUGCAGCUCAAGGUCUUUGCGGCGCUGCUCGAGUCCUGGGCCGCCUCGCCAGGACACGGGAAGUGGGACGGUGCCCUCGGCGGACGGCGCGAGCUCGUUCGUCUCUCCCGCGUCAGCACAGAGUGGCGCUCGCUCGUAUUUGACGGCUCGCUCUGGAGCGACGCGGACAUGUCCCCCCUCGCGGGGGUGCUGCAUCGGAACACAUUGCGGCAGAUCAUGUCGCAUGCCCGGCCGUGCGUGCGCCACUUGAGCUUGCGGGGACUGGACUCGGUAGCCGGACUGGACCUCAAGCCGUGCUUGUCGACUGGGAACUUUGACUGGACGGCGCUCACGCGAUUGGACGUGCGCGGCGCGCAGAGCCUGAGUGUCGCCGACCUGGUCGACUUGAUCCGGGCGAGUCCCCGCCUUGAGCAGCUGGUGUUGAAGGGAUGGAAGCUGGAAGUCAGGCCGGCCCUAGCUGCCGUCCUGGAGCUAGGCCUCGCUCUAACAGAGUUGGACGUGAGUCGGUGCCAGGGGCUCGAAUUCGGUGCCAUCGAGGAAUUCAUUGCAUCUCUCUCCCCUCGCCAGUCCUCAGCUCUCCGCACGCUGCGCAUCAGCGGGUUGGCCGACUCCUCGGGGCAGAAGCUGUUCAACCGCCUGGCACAGCUGCCCCACCUGACGACGCUGGAUCUCCUGGGCUGCCGCUGGCUCUCCCAAGCCGAUAUCCAGGAAUACGUGGACUAUCUACCGGCCGAAGGGUCGCCAUUGCAGCAUCUCGUGCUCAGCAGCUGCACGAACCUGACGACCGACGCCGUGGAGCUGCUGAUAGGCAAGCUCCCCAAUAUGCGCAUCUUCGAGGCCGCCUCCCUCGAGCCCGUGUUCUACAUGGACCCGCCGCCGCUGCUCUCCCAGCUCGUGCGCUCCAUGCCGCUCCUAACACACCUCGACCUGGACGAGACGGGCCGCUACGGCGCCGUGGACAAUGCGGUGCUCUACGAGCUGAUACCGGGCGCGGUGCCCCAGUCCCCCCUCCGCGUCUCCCACUUGAAGGAACUCCGCAUCGGCUCAGCCAAGGAAGUCUCCGCCUCGUGCCUCGUCGCGCUGUGCCGCGGCCUCCCCCAGCUCCGCCUCCUAGCCGCAGACGGGACGAAGGCGGACGGCCGCGUGCUGCGCGAGUUCCUCCGCUCCCGCCCCUCGGGCGCGUACAUCAGUCUCGUCGACUGCCACCGUCUCUCAAACGAAGCCUACAACGAGGCAGCCAUCUUCUCCCGCCCUCGGGCGGGCGACUCGGAUCUCAGCAGCACGCCGUUCGAGUACGCCGACGCCGAGCUCGAGGAAGACCGGAACGUCGUGAAGAGCUUCUGGGGGUGGAGGAGGGCUACGCCGCCGAUGGUGUGGAGACAGGCUAGGGAGGUCGGGGAGCUGAAUCGCGAGAUUAAGGAGAGAGGCGUGCAGGAACGCGGAAGGGGAGGGUAUCGGUGGUGGCAGGAUGACUUUGAUGAACUUGAGCGCGGGGCGUGCACUAUCAUGUGA